AUGCAAAAAUUAACGACUGGUGCUUUAAUGCGCUUUGCUAAGAACAGUAGUGGUGGUGAACAACCUAUUUUACAAGUGCUGAAUAUUAAAUUAAUGGAUUCAAAACCAUUGAAUGAAUCUUCAAUGACAGCUAGUCAAUAUAAAAAAGCUCAACGUUAUCGACUUAUUCUUUCUGAUGGCAAACAUUUUUUACCUUCUUGUGUUUUAACUGUACAAUUAAAUGAUUUAGUAACAAAUGAUCAAUUACAAGAAUAUUCAAUUAUUCGACUUGAUCGUUAUUUACGUAGUGAUCUUAAAGGACAAACAGCAAAAAUGAUUUUACAAAUUCUUCAAAUAACUGUUUUGGAUAUAGUUACACAUAGAAUUGGAAAUCCUGUUUCAUUAUUGACAGCUGAUCUAAAUGAAAAUGAUACUUUAACAACAUCAAUAAAUAAAGAUGUUCUACAGCCAAAAGUUACUGGUUCAGUUUUUAAACAUCCAACAGUUCCAAUAAGAAAUGAACUGCCUGUACUUCCUUCUUCAUCAUCAAUAACAACAAUAACAAAUAUUGAUUCAAUUAAAAAUAAUCGUUUAUUUAAAGUUGAAGUACUUAAUCCUUUUCAGAAUAGAUGGACAAUUCGAGUUCGAAUUGCAAAUAAAACACCUAUUCGUACAUAUUCAAAUGGUGAUGGUCAAUUAUUUAGUUGUAGUUUAAUCGAUGAAACAAGUGAAAUACGUGCAACUGGUUUUGGUAAUGAUUGUAAUCGACUUGAACCAAUUCUUAUCGUUGGCAAUAUUUAUUAUAUUACACAGGCUCAAAUCAAAUAUGCUAAUAAACAAUUCAAUACUCUAAACAAUGAGUUUGAAAUGACCUUCAAUAAUGAUACAAUUAUUGAACCAUGUCUAGAUAAUAUACCAAGUAUUCCAAUGCAACGUUUACAUUUUAUUUCAAUUAAUCAAAUACAAGACAUAGAAACAAAUUCAUUUAUUGAUGUUAUUGGCAUAGUGAUGAGUAUCAAUGAUAUUAUUCAUGGAAAAAGUAAACAAAAUAAAGAUUAUACAAAACGUGAUAUUCUUAUUCUUGAUCGAACUGGUCAAAUACCUGUUACACUAUGGUAUCGAAUAGUACGUAAAAAUUCAAACAAAACAAAAGGAAAACUUUCGAUUGAAAAUAUAUUUCAGGCUGAAAAUUUUCAACCAUCAGCUACUCGAGCUGUAAUCAUGUUAAAAGGUGUUUGCGUAAAAGAUUUCAAUGGAGGUAUUUAUAAAUAUAAUUACACAAAAAAACAAAAUAAAAUUUUAUCUGUAUCUAAAGAUCGAACAUUAUCUGUACUUGCUAGUACACAAUUACAAAUUGAUCCUGAUUUACCAAUAGCUCAUGAACUUCGUAAAUGGUAUCUUGAAGAAGGAAUGAAUAUUGAUAUGAUAGAUCUUACUAUUCAAUCAAAUAAACAUGAAAAUAUUUCAUGGAAAACAUUUAAUCAAGUAGCUGAAUAUGAAUUAAAUAUGCCAUCAGCUGGUAAUGGUGAAAUAUUUCGAAUUAAAGCUGUAUGUACAUUUGUACGACAUGAUCCUGUUUACAAAGCUUGUACUCGUUAUGAUUGUAAAAAGAAAUUACAAGAUAAUAAUGAUGGAACAUAUUAUUGUUCAAAAUGUGAUUUAAAUUAUGAAGAUUUUAAAUUACUUUAUAUGACGAGUAUUCUUUUAUCAGACUCAACUGGUUAUCAAUGGGUUAGUUUUUUUGAAAAGGAAAGUGAAAUCUUAUUUGGUUGUCCACCUGAACAAUUUCCUUAUGGAAAAUCAAAAGAUCAUGAAGAUAAAGCUUAUCAAAAAGUAAUGAGUAUAUGUGGACAAGAAAAAAUGUUUCUGAUUCGUGUUAAAUCAAAUCGUUAUAAUAAUCAUGAUCGACUUCAAUUUACAUGUGUAGGUAUUGAAUCAAUUGAUGCUCGCCUUAUGUGUCGUUUGUAUAUUGAAGAUAUUGGUAGAAUGUCAUGUAUUCUAUUGGACUAG